AUGCGUAUCAAAAUCAGAUCUUCCGCCGGAACUGCCAUAGUUGAUGUAGACAAAGACUUGCUGAUUCUUGGCUUGACCAAUUUAUUGAGGGAGAAUCAUUUCAAAGAUACACAGAUUGCUUCAUACAAGUUCGGAUAUCCUCCCAAAAAUAUUGAUGCAUCGACUCAGGAAACAAUUGAGAAUGUAGGAAUUAAACCAAAUGAACAGCUAGUAGCCACUGACGCCACUGGCGUAUCGGGUUAUCAUGCAAGUGCAAAGACAGAUACUAAAGUGCCACCCAAACCGGUUCAAUCAGAUAUUCCAUCUGUCUACAUUCCUAAACAAGAUAAGUACUUAAUUCUACGCAAUGUCCCAGAUGACAACUCAUGUCUCUUCAAUUCCGUCAGCUUGGCUGUCACUGGGUCUAUUGACUGGAAGAAACUAGAUCUUCGCCGAGUGGUGGCUGAAACAAUUCUAUCUUCUCCAGAAACAUACAACGAAGCGAUUUUGGGUCGCCCUGUUGGUGAAUAUUGUAAAUGGAUACAGAAACCAGAAUCAUGGGGAGGAGCCAUUGAGCUCGGUAUCUUGUCUAAACAUUUGGGUGUCCGAAUCCAAACUUACGACAUAGAUCUGGGAAGUCCAAUAACCUUCCAAGAUGAGCAACUGCCGCCAAAACUGUUCAUACUGCUAGUCUACUCAGGAAUUCAUUAUGACACACUAGUGACCAAUAGGUCCUUGAGCAAAGAUCGUCAUGGUGAUCUCGGGAAGUGGACAGAAGACAACGGAAUCACAGAUGCCUGCGCAAAGUUGGUUACAUUGUUGCAAACUAAGAACUAUGCUACAAAUACUACGAAAUUCAGAGUCCGGUGUCUUGACUGUUAUGAGAUCUUGGUUGGCGAGACAGGUGCCUCACAACAUGCAAAUAAAACGGGACAUACCAGCUUCGGUGAGGUUAAAUAG